AUGGUGCUGCUUCAGUGCAGACAUGGAGCCUCUUUUCCUAAGCUAGAUAACUUGAUACCAAGUGGAAAAAUGAAGAUUCUCCUGGUCUUUCUAGGUGUACUUGGUAAUUCUAUUGCUAUGCCAAUGCAAAUGCCCCGAAUGCCUGGAUUUAGCAGUAAAAGUGAAGAGAUGAUGCGGUAUGGUCAAUUCCACUUCAUGAAUUCCCCACAUCUAGCACAACUUGGCCCCUUGUAUGGAUAUGGUACGCAAAUCCCUCAGCUCUUCCCACAGUACCAGAUGCCCAUGUGGCCCCAGCCACCACCCAAGACAGGGCGUCCACGGAAGCCUUCAUCUCCUUCAGCACCCAAACACCAGAGCAAGACUGAUCAAGCCCCAGAGACCCCGAAACCCGACCCGCCUCAACCAAAAAAGCCACCACCAAAGCGGCCUUUGAAGCAGCCACCCCCUGCCCCAACUCCACCCCAAGAGGAAGCCCAGCCACCUCAGCCAUUCCCACCAUUCGGGCAUGGAAUCUUUCCCUACCAACAGCCACCAUGGCAAGUUCCACAUAGGGUACCACCAGGUUAUGGUCGUCCACCAGUCAGCAAUGAAGAAGGGGGAAAUCCUUACUUUGGAUAUUUUGGAUAUCAUGGAUUUGGGGGUCGUCCUCCCUAUUACUCAGAAGAGAUGUUUGAACAAGAUUUUGAAAAACCCAAAGAAGAAGACCCUCCAAAAACCGAGAGUCCACCUACCGAACCUUCGUCUAACUCAACAGUUCCUGAGACUAAUUCUACCCAAGCAAACGCAGCCAACCCUGGCGGGCAUCAGGGUGGAAAUGACACCAACCCAACAGGAAACAGUGGCCAAGGGCCGAACACUGUGGGCAACCCUACAGCUCAGAACGGGGUCAUCCCACCACCAGCAGUUAAUGUUUCAGGCCAGGGGACAUCAAGAAGUCAAAUCCCAUGGAGAUCAAAUCAGCCGAAUAUUCGUGACAAUUACCCAAAUCCUAACGUUCAAAGUUUCCCUGUGAGAAGACAAUGGCGUCCCCCUGGCACCUCCAUGGGGCACCGACAGAAUUGGCCUUUUUACCGAAAUCAAGUCCAAAGGAGUCCUCAGUGGAACUCCUAUGCUUUGGAAAGCAAACCAGCAGUUCGUCCAGGAAAUCCAAUGUAUCGCAAACCUUAUGCUUCCACUGCAAGAGGCAAUUCUCCCAAUCUUGCAGGAAAUCCAACAAAUUUCCGAAGGAAACCUCAGGGACCAAGCAAACACCCUGUGGGAACCAACGUUUCCCCCGUGGGUCCCAAACAUAGUACUACUGUUGGCCGCAAUGAAAAAAUUCAAAAUCCAAGAGAGAAGCCAUUAGGUCAAAAGGAAAGAAUAGUCAUUCCUACAAGGGAGCCAACUGGCUCCUGGAGAAACUCUCAAGAUUAUGGAGUUAAUAAAUCAAACUAUAAACUGCCUCAGCCUGAAGGCAACGUGCUAGUCCCAAAUUUUAAUUCUAUUGAUCAACAUGAAAACUCUUAUUACCCAAGAGGAGAUUCCAGAAGAGCCCCAAAUUCUGAUGGGCAAACCCAAAGCCAGAAUUUUCCCAAAGGGAUUAUUUUAGAACCAAGAAGGAUCCCAUAUGAAUCAGAAGUUAAUCACCCAGAAUUAAAGCACAGUACAUAUCAGCCUGCAUACCCUGAGGAAAUCCCUUCCCCUGCAAGAGAACAGUAUCCUGGUGGAAGAAAUACUUGGAACCAUCAAGAAAUCUCUCCGCCUUUUAAGGAAGAUCUCGGCAGACAGCAAGAACACUUGCCUCAUCCUUCCCAUGGCUCUAGGGGAGACAAGUACUACCCUGACUAUAACGCUUUUGAUCCCAGGGAAAACUCGCCAUACAUUAGAGGCAAUACGUGGAAUGAGAGAGAUGAUUCUCCCAAUACUGUGGGACUACCAGAAGAGCCACUGUACCCCAUGAAUACGCCAGACCCAAAAGAAACAGUCCCUUAUAAUGAAGAGGACCCAAUUGACCCAACUGGAGAUGAGCUUUUUCCAGAACAAAGUAGAUGGGGUGUGGAAGAGUCAAGCUUUAAAGAAGGCACCACAGUUAGGCAGUACAAAGGUGAGCAGUAUACCUUAAAUCGGCCAAAGGAAUACCUUCCCUAUUCCUUAGAUAAUCCAUCAAAACGCAGGGAAGAUUUUCCUUAUGGUGAAUAUUACCCCUGGAACCCAGAUGAGAAUUUCCUGUCAUAUAAUACAGCUCCACCACCUGUUGAGAACAGGGGCUAUUAUGCUAAUAGAGCUAUUGGGCAAGAAGAAGGUACUCUGUUUCCUUCUUGGAACUCCUGGGACCGCAGAAUAGAAGCCCAAGGGCAGAGAGAAAGAAGGCCAUAUUUUAACAGAAAUUUCUGGGAUCGGCCAACAAAUUUACACAAAGCCCCCAUUAGUCUCCCACACCAGAAAGAGAGCCCGGCCUAUUCCAACUCCCCAGCUGGGCUUCAGAGAAAUCCAACAUGGCAUGAAGGCGAGAACUUGAAUUACGGCAUGCAGAUUACUAGGUUAAAUUCACCAGACGGUGAACAUUUGGCUUUCCAAGACUUAAUUCCUCCAGGUUACUCAAUAGGUCAAAAAGAAGCACAUUUAUUUCACCUAAGCCAGAGAAGCCCUUGCUGUACUCGUGCCUCCAUUGGACACAAGGACAAUCCACUUGCUCUACAAGACUACACUCCAUCCUUCGGUCUGGUGCCAGGGGAGAACCAAGACACCAGCCCUCUGUACACAGAAGAUAGCCAUGCAAAGCAUGCAAGACAUACUGUCUCCCCAACAAGCAUCCUACCUAGCCAAAGAAAUAGCUCAGAGACAAGACAGUCUGGAGAAAAUCAAAACCCAACUCCUUUUAGAGAUGAUGUGUCCACUCUGAGGAGGAACAUGCCAUGUUCUAUAACGAAUCAACUGGACCAAAGGGGAAUCAUGCCCUUUUCUGAAGCCAGUUCCCUUCAAUCAAAGAAUACACCUUGUCUCAAAAAUGACCUUGGAGGAGAAAGAAACAAUAUUUUGGAACAAAUAUUUGAAGGCAACCAGCUCAAUGAAAGGACUGUUGACCUUACUCCUGAGCAGCUUGUUAUCGGGACACCUGAUGAAGGCCCCAAGCCAGAAGGCAUCCAAAGUGAAGUACUAGGAAAUGAAGGUGAGAGGCAGCAACAAAGACCAUCUAGUAUCCUUCAGUUACCAUGCUUUGGCUCCAAAUUAGCCAAGUAUCACUCCUCCAGCACUGGAACUCCACCUAGCAUUGGAAGGCAAAGCCCAUUCAAUGGGGAUUCAUUAAUGCCUACUGAAAUUCCUAACUCAUUGACUGGGUUAGCUACUGGGACUCAGUUUCAAAGUAUAAAUGUAGACCCAGUUAAUGCAGAUGAACACACUGCAUUUGAUUCCCUGCAAAUAGAGACCAAUCCACAGGACCAGGUGCAAGACUGCUUACUACUUCAGGCCUAG